GAUAAACACAUAUUCUUUGUUCCGUGUACGGCUAAGCUCGUUUACAAUGCACAUAUAUGCUAUUUCUUUGGAAUAUUAAGGACCAGAAAUUUAAUGUAAUAAAAUAUAGUUUAAUCAUUUUUAAGGUGUUCCAGCUCAAAUAAAAUGACAUCAUUUAGCGAAUCAUCGUGUACGUUGGAGAGAGGAAAUAAAUCAUUUUAUGACGUUCCUUGUACUCCAUGCAAAGAAGUGGGAAAGCACGUGAUAGCUAACAAAUACUGCAAGGAAUGCUUAGUCUAUAUAUGUGAGUCUUGUACUAAAACUCAUGAAGGAAUUUCACCGAAUAAGAGACAUACUUUUCUGGAUGGAACGCAGUUCACAGAACAGAAACAAUCACUUUUGCUUACUCUUCCAACGAAACAUUGUGCCAAUCAUACCGCUGAAUUGAUCAACAUAGUUUGUGAGCAGCACGGUGUCGUCCGCUGUAGCGUCUGCAAGGUGCUCGAACACAGUGUUUAUUCUAAACCUCACCACAUACCAGACGCUGUUAAGGGUAUACAGGUGAGUGAACAACAUCAAAUUAUUACAAAAGAAAUAGAAAGUUUUAUCCUGGAUGUGGGUAAAUUACUCAGGGAUCGGACAGCAGAUCUGUCACGUGUUAAAAAGGAAAAACAGACAGCUGAAAGAAUCAUUGUAGAUUUUAGUAAAAAGAUCAAAGAAUCUUUUGAUGUCCUGGAGAAGAAAGGUCUAGAUCAACUCAGUCAAAAUGUAAAUGUGAAGAUAAAUGAAAUUGAGUUCCAUAUUGACUACCUUGAAAGUACCAGAGAAAAGGCGGGUGAUAUUUUACGGCAACUUAAACAGUCCGAAGGGGAUAAUGAGAGUGAAUUAUCGUACCAUGUCAAAAACGUAGGUAAAAGAUUAGUUAGUGAUUCGAAAGAGAAAAUUCUAGAGAUAAAUGAAACGCUACAAAGAGAAUGUAUUCGAUAUAAGAUAAAUCCGGAUAUUGAAAAUUAUGUCACAUCUUUAGUUUCUCUGGGAUCAAUUUCAAAUACCAAAAUGGCCACUCCUACAAUGGAAGGUUCAGAUAUCUGUUUGUCGGCCUGUCAGGAUGCAGCAAUAUCGCCUAUCAUCACCAAACCCCCAGCUGACCACUCUUCAAAUAUAUUUGAGAGCAACGUGGUUAGUCCUGAAUGUGCAUUUGCAACAACUGACCUACACAACAUGACAACUUUAGAUUUGAAACAUAAAGUAUCUCCACUGACACAAAACGCUGAAUCUCAUCCUUUUAUUGAGGUAUUAAAUGCAAACUGUACCAAUUGUUCAUCUGUUGCAAUAUCCGAAGAUAAAAUGACAUCGCAAAACAUAUCUUUUACCUCGUCGUCAAAUUCAGAUAUCUACGUAAACUUAUCCGAUCUGCAUGAUAUACUUCCAGACACCACUCAAUCAUCUCAAAUGGACAGGUGUGCUACAGUAACAUACACAGAUAAUUGCAGCAUCACAUCUAGUUCUUCUGUAUGUUCUGAUAUCUACGCGAACACAGGACAUUCUUCAGCGUCUUCGGAUAUUUAUGAUAACCUACCUUGUCAUAAUGUUGCUUUAUAUAACACUGAUUCCACACAACGUCCGUCUGAAGUAUCAUUAAAUACCAAACAAAUCGCUCGUGCAUAUACACCUUAUUCACCCGCGGCUACCACAAAUACUCUUACAAUAUACUCUGAUAAAGCAACCUCUUCCGAAAAGCUUAAGCCAUGUGUAGUAACUGAAUCAAGUUCAACAGCAUCUGUUUGCAAAGAAGAAAGUGGGCAUAUUUCUUCCGUUCCUGAAAGAGACAUUAUGGAUAAAUCGUUUAAGCAUAUAUUGUCAGCUGGCACCAAAAUUCCUUCAACUCAAACGUCCUUGUCUCGAAAGGUAUCAAAGCAGCCGGUGUCGAAAGACGAGGAUACUUUUACCAGGUAUAGACCUGUACCGGUGAUGAGGUUUACUGUAGCGGAAAAGUCCGACCAUUAUGACUGUAAUACAUUUGACAUUUGUCAAUCACUAGACGGCAAGAUACUCGUCAUAGACAACAACAACCAUAAACUAAAGAGGUUUAAUCAGUCCUAUAAGUUACAGGACUCUCUUCGAUUGUCGGGCGAUCCUUACAGUGUAUGUACAGCUGGGCCGGGGAUGGCUGCCGUUGCUUUACGUAACGACAGGAAAAUACAGUUCAUUAAUGUAGGCAAGAAACUGACACUGGCAAAAUCGUUUCCUGUUGGUACUAACUGCAGAGGAAUGGUUUAUAUUGAUGGAUAUCUGCAUGUUUGUACUGGGGAUUUAAGCUGUCCAUUUUCAGGUCGUAUAGAGGUGUAUAACAACAACGGACAGCUUCAGUUCUACAUUCCUCAAGCUCCGAAACGUUUGCCUUCCGUACUCAAAUAUAUCGCCGCUACAGAAGUAGGUCAUCAUCGCUUUGUUACGAUGUAUAGCAGUGACAGUAUAACAAUGCUGAACACCACUGGAAAUUUGCAUGACACUUUCAGCCACAGAGACUUGAAACAGCCUGAGGGUAUUUGCACAGACGGUAGGGAUCAGGUUUUUGUCUGUGGUUUCCAUAGUAACAAUGUCGUUCAGCUUUCAUCAAAACAUCAGCAGGUAAAAGUGAUUCUAGAUGAGACAGAUGGCAUCAAAAAACCGAUUGCAGUACAUUACGAUGGAUUACAGUCUCGGCUUCUCGUCUCGUGCUCUCACUCCAAUGAAGUGUUUGUAUUUACUCUGAAAUAGAAGUCAUUAAAGUGGAAGAAACCAAAUCGAAAUAAGCAAACUCCAGUAAAUUGUUCUUAAGGAUUUUGUUAUUUCGUAAAUUUUGUUUUGGAUAUAAAUUAAACUAUGGAAUGAAAGCACUUGCAUGUUAUCAGUGGUCUAUUGAAAUACAGCAGUGGUUUACAUCCUUCCAAAACAGUGACAUAAUCAAAAUUUACACGCGCAAUUACGAUUUAACAGGAAUUGUUAUUUGAAACAUUUUGAAUUGUAUGAUUUCUUACAAACAUAUUUCUAUGUUGAAUAUGGGAUGCAUAUAGGUACGACUAAACAUGAACAAAUAUGUGAAUUAUGGGUGCAAGCUAUGGAAAAUCUUAUGCGAGAGUGUUUUGUAAAAUGAGUUGAUCAAAACUUUACAAUUGGAUCUCGAAUUAUAAUAGUACAUGUAAUAGCUUUUCCUGUCGCCUCGCCGGUUCCUAUGAAAUAUUUGUUAGAACUGUUCUUAGAGCCAAAUAUCCCGAUAUGACUGAAGAAAUAUAUUUGUAAUUCAUGUCCAAAGUUAAAAGUUGCAUGCCCUUCUACAACACGAUUGACCCGCCCGCUUAGCUCAGUAGGUAAGAGCGUUUGUCUACGGAUCGCGGGGUCGCGAGUUCGAUCCUCGUGUGGUCCGCCGUGACGAUUUGAUGAAAGACAUUGUGUCUGAAAUCAUUCGUCCUCCACCUCUGAUAAUUCAUGUGGGAAAGUUGGCAGUUACUUGCGGAAAACAGGUUUGUACUGGUACAGAAUCCAGGAACACUGGUUAGGUUAACUGUCCCGCUGUUACAUGACUGAAAUACUGUUUAAAAAUGGCGUUAAACCCAACAAAAACAAACAAAUUCUACAACACGUAAUGGAGAACAUUAGUCAGACUCUUCCCUAUUAUGUCCAAGAAGUAGAUGGGUCUUCCUCUGUUUUUAUCGUUGACUUCUUUGUAAUUUUUAAAAGCAUAUCUAUACUAAAUUUCAUUGGAUUGGAAAAUUAUUAAGGACAGGUUGUACCGAACCAAGGAUAAGGCCAGCGAGUAUAACCAAUUAGUUACCAUCGAAAAACAAAGCACAAAGUCCCUUUAUGUGGUUUAUUUGGAAUGACUCAAUGGUAACAUGUGUAUGUGGUAAAUACUGAAAAAAGAAACCAUAUAAGCGAUAUAUUACAAUAUGACUAGUUUUACAUAAUGCUUCAGAAAAAAUGGCUUAUAAAAAUCACUAAAUUUGCAACAGUGACCAGAAACCUUGAUGAGCUUUAAAAAUAUAAAAAUGAUACAAAUACAUGAAAUAGUAGUUUGAAGCUUAAACAAGGGAAUGAGUAAAGGUACGAGCAACCUUGAGUACGAAUCCAAAAAUCUAUUAAAACAGCUAGGAGAGUAUGCUACUACAAGUUAUUGCGGCCAAAACAAGGACUAAUAUGUAUUAUUACAAAAUACUGCAUAAACUUACACCAUGCAACCUUUAUAAAGCUGUAAGAUUCUGCAAACGAAAAGCUUAUCGUUAAUUAUGUCAUCGCGUCAGCGCCAAAACAUGAGACAGAGCGAAACCUAAAGAUACAAAAUUACAAGAAAGUUAAAGUAGCGGAAAGAUCAGUACUGACUCUCGCUAGCGGACAUGACACAGGUUUACUUUUAGUAGCUCUCUGCUAGAUCUAGGUUUGAUUAAUUAUUUUUCUUUGGAAACUUACAAAUAAUAAGCAUAUUUAUUUUGACCAACCGCAACAUCAUGGACAAAGGUUAUAAUGAAAAAGUCAGUAGAAUCCAACUGAAAGGGGUCAAAGUUACAUAUGGUUAUUUGGUUAUCCUUGCGUUUUAUCAAACAACAAUACAAGGGAAGGAACAAGCUUAUGUUUCUCAUUAGCAAAUGUACAGCACUGAUUUCUGAUCUAUCCCAGUAUGUGUGAUUUCUAAUAAGUCCCAAUACGUGUGAUUUCCAAUAUGUUUCCGAUCUAUCCCAACGUGUGAUUUCCAAUAUGUGUGAUAUCUGAUCUGUCACAAUAUGUGUGAUUCCAAUAUGUGUGAUUUCUGAUAUGUCCCAGUAUGUGUGAUUUCCAGUAUAUCCGAUUUCUGAUCUGUCCCAGAGUAUAUGAUUUCCAAUACGUGUGAUUUCUGACCUGUCCCAAUCUGUGGCGAUGAUAAUGAGAUCGUGCUGAGUAAGCUCCCUUUGCAGUUCUAAUCUUCUUUUCGGUAGGAUAUGUCUCAAAGAUCUUUCGUUUUGCCCUACCCAAUAUUUAGUAACAUAAUCAUACGUAAUUAUACAGCACAGUGUCUACAAUGAUACAAUAACUUUGAGUAUAAGCAUACAUAUAUAUUAAAACAUUAUUCAUUAUUUGAACAGUUAAAAUGAUUUAUAUAUAUUUUCCUUGGUGUUAGUUUAUUUGCUUUUGUGUUUUGUUAUCUAGUUUUUAUUUAUAUCUAUUCAUAUUUGUAUCGUAUAUCAAUAUAUCGCACCUGUAUGGACGGAAUAAAGAUAUUAAAUUGAACUGGAUUAAAUUGAACUCGAUUGGUUCUGCUGAGAAUAUUAUCAUUUUUUUCGGCGACGCCGUCUAAAUUUUUUUCGUUACCUAUGCCACGUGACUUCAGUUUGCAAAUCAAACUACUUGAUAACGCUUUAUAGAUAAUUUAUCAAAAUGGAAGAUUUAUACAACACUCUGCCUGAUUGGACGAAAGUGUCGAUUUCUUUCACUCUGUUGAUUGUGCUACGCUGACUGAAAUGUAGACAAAGCGUUUAUCCUAAACGACACUGUUCACAGUUUUAAAGCUAACUUUGGCUCAGUAUAUUUAGCAAGAAUAUUGAUAUAUCUCAAAAUGAUAAGUUAGUUUAAUAAAUAUGAUAAAAACCUGUUGAAAUACCAACAUAUAUCAAAUUAAGGAAAGAGCUGAAUACGGUCUGCGCAUCACAUGAAUAAGGGUGUGAUAAGAGUCUUUUAUGUAGAGAAGUGCUUUUUAAAAGAUUUUCGUCUGUAUAUGAAAAGGUUUCUUGCUUUUGUGACUUAUUCAGAUUGCAUAUUAAAAUGAGUACUUGUU